UCUUCUUCUUUGUUUGGACAAACCUUCCACCACAGAACAACAGGACACAUCACAAGGUUGCUAAUGUGGAAAUACCGCCAAAGAUUCCUACCUUGAUCCAAUAAUUCAACUCAAUCUUGGAAUCCAAACACACCUAUAUCUGAUUCACCAACCUUAUGGCUCCCUCUAUGAAGAAAGAUUCAAGUGAGAUGGAUUUGGAAGAGUGGGAAUUCCUCCCUGAUUCUGGCUACCUUGAUUUCCCACAUAGAAAUGGAAAGAAGGGUUUUGAUCCAAAAGGUGCGGAUGAUUUGGAUUACUUCAUAUGCCCUUCACUUCUUUCUCCUAGUGGGAUAGAAAAAUCGGAGAAUUCGAGUCUUUUGGGUAAUGGAAAUCAGCCGGUUUCGAUGGUGGAGAAGAACCCAUAUCCGGAAUUGGUGAAAGAUAUCGGUGAAGUUCCGUUAGUCAAGAUUGGAACUUUAUCUUCACCGACGGUUUCUCCAAAAUUAGCAGCAGAUCAGGACAUGAUCUCGCAAGUCUUCUUCAAGAAAGCGAAGGAGAAUGAAUUCGUCGACAUGAAAAUGGACUCCCCUAGGUCCAGCAAUAGGUCACUCAAGCCUCAAAUUGAGGUGGGACCGUUCCAAUUUGAGGAGAAAGAAGAGGCCCAUGAAGGCGAUGGUGUUGAAGAGAACAAGCCUUCUAAGGAGGUAACAGAACAAGAGAAUGGAAAGAAUUACAUGGGUUCAGAGAUCAAAGAGAGAGGCUGUUGGGAAGGUUGUGGUUUUAACAUUUGGAAAUGGAGGGUCACUGGAAUUGGAGCAAUUUGCUCAAUUGGAAUGGCUGCUGCUACUAUUUGUGUAUUGAUCUUGGGCAGCAACCAAAGGCAUAAGCAACAUGAAAACCAGAAGCUUCAGUUUCAGAUCUACGCCGACAACAAGAGUAUUAAACAAGUGGUCCACCAUGCUACCAGAUUGAACCAGGCGAUUUCAGCUGCAAGUCUCCCUCUGACUAGAGCACAUAUAACAUUCGGAGGUUCCUACGACGGUCGUUGAGCACCUAAUGUUGAAUCCCUUCAUGAAGAUCAGAUAUAUUGGUAUUGAUCAUGUUGUAUUCUAUCAUUUACUCAAGUAUUUGUACAUAGAAAAGUAAAUGAUGGAUAUAUUAUGAGAAGGUUGUGUAAAACUUCCAUAGUUUAUCAUGAGCAGUUUAAUUUAUCUGGAAGAAAAUCUGGUGGUAAAUGAGUUUUAAUGUAAGAGUGUAAUUCCAGAUGAUUACAGUUACACUCAAUUACUAGAAUUUGUUAUGCUAUUAACAAUGAUUUUUAGUGUAA